CUGGGAAGGACGCGGCUCCGUGUCGUCUCCUGGGAGUUGUAGUCGCGUUCCUGAAGCAACUGGUAAUAAAAAAAUCCAUUUUAACGUUAAGUCUACACCAUGGAUAGCACAAAGGAGAAGAACAACAAUUACAAAGAUGACCUUCUGCUUAGAAUGGGACUUAAUGAUAAUAAAGCUGGGAUGGAAGGAUUAGAUAAAGAGAAAAUAAACAAAAUUAUAAUGGAAGCCACAAAGGGGUCCAAAUUUUAUGAAAAUGAGCUCAAGAAAGAAAAGCAAGUCAACCAACGAAUUGAAAAUAUGAUGCAACAAAAAGCUCGAAUUACCAGUCAGCAGCUCAGGAAAGCACAAUUACAGGUUGACAGAUUUGCAAUGGAAUUAGAACAGAGCCGGGAUCUGAAUAAUACCAUGGUGCACAUUGACAUGGAUGCUUUCUAUGCAGCUGUAGAAAUGAGGGACAAUCCAGGAUUGAAGGAUAAACCCAUUGCUGUAGGAUCAUCAAGUAUGUUGGUAAGUAGAACAAAGCUAAUUAAGGUUAAGGAAAUACUUGCUGAUUAUGAUCCCAAUUUUAUGGCCAUGAGUCUUGAUGAAGCCUACUUGAAUAUAACAAAGCACUUACAGGAAAGACAAAAUUGGCCUGAGGACAAAAGAAAGUAUUUCAUCAAAACAGGGAACUCUCUAGAAAACGAUAAAUCUGGAAAAGAAAUUAAUAAACUGAGUGCGCAUGAACGAUCCACCUCUCCACUACUUUUUGAAGAUAGUCCUCCUGAUUUGCAGCCUCCAGGAAAUACUUCCCAAGUAAACAUUGAAGAACAAAAUAAUCCUCAAAUACUCCAAAACUCUGUUGUUUUUGGAACGUCAGCUGAAGAAGUGGUAAAGGAAAUUCGUUUCAGAAUUGAGCAAAAAACAACACUGACAGCCAGUGCAGGCAUUGCCCCAAAUACAAUGUUAGCAAAAGUAUGCAGUGAUAAGAAUAAACCAAAUGGACAGUACCAAAUUCUCCCCAACAGACAAGCUGUGAUGGACUUCAUCAAGGACUUACCCAUUAGAAAGGUUUCUGGAAUAGGAAAAGUUACAGAGAAAAUGUUAAAGGCCCUUGGAAUUAUUACUUGUACAGAACUCUACCAACAGAGGGCAUUACUUUCUCUUCUUUUCUCUGAAACAUCUUGGCAUUAUUUCCUUCAUAUUGCCCUGGGUCUAGGUUCAACAUACCUGGCAAGGGAUGCAGAGAGGAAAAGCAUGAGUGUUGAGAGGACAUUUAGUGAGAUAAGUAAAGCAGAAGAACAGUACAGCUUGUGCAAGGAACUUUGCAGUGAACUUGCUCAGGAUCUGCAGAAAGAAGGACUUAAGGGUAGAACUGUUACUAUUAAGUUGAAGAAUGUGAAUUUUGAAGUAAAAACUCGUGCAUCUACAGUUUCAUCUGUUGUUUCUACUGCAGAAGAAAUAUUUGCUAUUGCUAAAGAAUUGCUAAAAACAGAAAUUGAUGCUGAGUUUCCACAUCCCUUGAGAUUGAGACUGAUGGGUGUGCGGCUGUCUAGUUUUCCCAACGAAGAAGACAAGAAAUACCAACAAAGGAGCAUUAUUGGUUUUCUACAAGCUGGAAACCAAACCCUGUCAGCUACUCAGGGUAUAGAGAAAACUGACAAAGAUCAGUUUUUAAAACCUUUAGAAAUGUCUCAUAAGACAAGUUUCUUUGAUAAAAAACGAUCAGAAAGGAAAUGGAACCACCAAGACACACUUAAAUGUGAAACUAUGAGUAGACAAAGUUUACAGACAUCACCAUCAUUCCAAGUUUUAAAGAAGAAAAUGAGUGAGGAUUUAGAAACAUCAGAGAAUUCAGAUAAUGGUCAGAUAUUUACCUGUCCUGUGUGCUUUAGGGAGCAAGAAAGCAUCAGUCUGGAAGCCUUUAAUAAACAUGUAGAUACAUGUCUUGAUGGACCUUCGCUCAGUGAAAUGUUCUCAUAUUCACAUGCUUCCUCUACUGAAGUUAACAAAAAAGAAAAUGUACACCAUUCUUUUUCACUCUCUGAGAAGCAGGAUUAUGAAACCCAUCAGAAUAAUCCAUCUAAAGCAGAAAGUGGAGAUGCUUUAAGCAAAGGGGAAUGUUCUAGUCUUCCAAGCAAAUCGUUUAAUAUUGAGCACUGUCAUCAGAAUUCUUCUUGUACUAUUUCACUGGAAAAAGAAGAUGUCGGGUCAUUAAGAAGGCAAGAACCACUCCAGCCUUAUUUAUGUGAAGUGAUAACAGACCAAGCUCUAGUUUGCCCUGUUUGUAACCUAGAGCAAAAGACUUCAGAUCUUACCCUGUUUAAUGUGCAUGUGGAUAUUUGCUUAAAUAAAAGUGUUAUCCAGGAACUGAGUAAGGAUAAUCAAGUUAACCAACCCAAAGAAAACACCACCGGUCCUGGUAACUCAGGCAGAGUACAGAAGACUGUAACAAAAACAAAAAGGUCAGGAUUGAUGAAAAAGUACUCAGCAUCCAAGAAAAUAAAACCAAACAAUCCCAGACACACACUUGAUAUAUUUUUUAAAUGAACAUUGAAUAUCAUUAAUUUUUGUAUUGAAACUUGUUUUUUAUCAUCAGUGAGGCUGUUCUUCCUCAUUUUAAGUUUACAGAUUCAUUUAGUGAAAGGCCAGAACAAUAAUCCCUCACCAGUGAUGUUUCCCUUAGAUGAAUUUGGAAUAUAUACUAACGUCUGUAUAUCGUUUGGAUAACAAUAAGAAUUUCACUUCAUGUUAGAGAUAUUUUGAAAAUGAAAAAUUAGGAAUGAAAUUAAAAAGUGAUUUUUCUUUAUCAGGUUUUGUAGCCAGUAUGAAAACAUCUAUUUAUAAGAGCUCUCAGAGGUUCACACAAACCUAUUUUAGCAUAAGAUUUUUUAAUGCUUAAACAUUUUGUUAGUACUGGUCUGCUGUAUUUUAUCUUAGUGUCUUCUGCAACUUUGUAUAUUCCUAUUUUAGUUCCUAGUAGCAUUCAUAAUUAAUAUUUAUCAUACAUUUUAUGAAGAAUAUUAGCUUAGCAGAACUACCAUGAGUAGUUUUGUUACCUUCAUGAAAAUAAUAUUACAGUAUUAUUUUCGAUGUUGAAAGAAUUUUGCUUAAAUAUGAUUAUUCAUUUGAUUUUUUAAUUUAAAAUUCCUUUUAUGAAUAAGCACUUGGUUCACUUUAAAAAAUUUUUAGUGUAAAAUUCAAGGUAAUUAUUUUCUUGUCUAGAACUUUUUUAAGUGGCCGUAUUUCAUCUCUUGGCAAUUAUGUUUGUAUUAUACACAAAUCUAUAAACAAGGAUAAAUUGUACACUCACUUUAUUUUUAUAUAACCUUCUAGAGAAAAAUGGGCAAUUCAAAAGAUUAAUGUAUAUUAAAAUAGCUCAUUUAUCUUAGUUAUAUUUCUAUCACGUUUUUAUUAAUAUUCAUGAAAAAAGACAGCUUAAAGUGAGUAGUUAGCUUAAGUAGUUGCUCCAGAUAAUUUUGUGCUAUCAGUGAGUUCUUAUCAGAAAUAAUUAUUUAAUUGAAACAUGAAAAUGGAAGCCAUUUUGUGACCGCUUUAGAGAACCCAAUGUUUUGUUCUCUUAUAUUUUUGUUUUCUUUUUUCCUGCUUUUUAAAAAAAAUUGAGGUAUAAUUGACAUAUAACAUUGUAUUAGUUUCAGGUUAUAACAUAAUGAUUUAAUAUUUGUAUACCUACUUUUCAUAUUUUAUAGCUCAUGUAAAUGUACAUGGAAAUAGUAUUUUAGGAAUGGCUUAAAUUAGGAUCUUGCACAGCCUUAGCCAAAGUGGUAACUUGAUUUUAAAUUACUAGAUGGUUUAAACUUAGGCUUAAUGUUUAUUAGCAUGCCAAUCUCAUGCCUGAUAUUAUUAUAUACUAAGGUGAAAACAGUGUUGUUCUGUGGUUCUUGAUUGUGUGGUUUAUGUAUGUAAAUUCUCUACAAAAUUAAGUUCAAUGAAACACUGCUUCAGUGUAUUGAAAAGUAGAUAACACCAUAUUUUAUUUUUUCUAUCUUGCCUCAAGUUUAUUUUUAUUGUGUUUUUAAUGUUAGAGUAAAUAC